ACGUUCGGGAUGAAGAAUAAGAACAAAUCAGCAAAGGUCAAAAUGCAAGUGGCGGAGAUCAAGAAGCAGCAAUCUAUGGCGGGGAAGAAUAAGGCUGAUCUGGCCAAGGAAAAAGAGAAGGAAUUGAGGCUAAAGGCCAAAGAGGCAGAAUUGCAAAAGAAGAAGAUGGAAGCAGAAUUGUUUCGUACUACAAUUCAACCUCAGAAAGUGCCAUUCGGUGUUGGUCAAUCCAAGGUUCUAUGUCAGUACUUCAAAGCUGGCUAUUGUGAAAAGGAAGGAAACAAGUGCAAAUUUUCACAUGACCUCAAUGUCGGACGUAAAGUGGAAAAGGUCAACUUGUACCAGGACACUAGAGAGACCGAGAAGGAGAAGGCAGAUUUAAUGGAGACUUGGGACGAUGAAAAGUUGAAAUCGGUCGUGGCUCAAAACGCCAAGAAGCAAUCCAACGCUACAGACAUCGUCUGCAAAUAUUUCAUUCAAGCUAUCGAGGACAAGAAGUAUGGUUGGUUCUGGGAAUGUCCCAACGGAGGUGAUAAAUGUCAUUAUCGACAUGCUCUACCCCCAGGAUUCGUCUUGAAAGCAGAUAAGAAAGCCGCGGACGAUGCUGCCAAAAAGAAUGCUAUAUCACUAGAAGAGUUCUUAGAAGUGGAACGACAUAAACUUAAACCUCCACUCACACCCGUUACCCCUGAGACCUUCGCAGCGUGGAAGAAAAAUCGGAUAGAAAAGAAACAAGCGGAACAAGAGGCGAUGGACAAGGCCAAGGCUGUACAGAGAGCAGCAGGUAAGAUGACAGGUAUGACGGGUAAAGACAUGUUUGAAUUUGGCGGAGAGCUUUAUGAGGAUGGGGACAAUGAGGAUAAUGCUGAAGAUGAUUGGGAUAUAUCAAGAAUGUUGGCGAGAUACGUGAGCUCUAUUCUUCUCUUCACUUAUCAGUUUCAUUCGCUGACUUUUCAGCGAGCAGAGGACACCCGACCUGAGGAUGAUGUGAGAUUGGAAGACGAGACGGAUACGGUGGAAGAGGUUGCAGGACGAGUGGCGGAGGUUCAGGUGAAUGGGGAUGGAUAA